GGAAAGACCAAAAAGGUAAAGCAAAAGAGUAAUAUGGACACAGGGAAAAGUAUGUUUAAAUUAACUUAUUUUGAUAUACAAGGAAGAGCUGAGCCUGCAAGAUGCAUGUUUGCAUAUGCUGGCUGUCGUUAUGAAGAUGAAAGAAUAUCCUAUGAAGAAUGGCCAAGUAGAAAAUCUUUAACACCUUUUGGUAAAUUACCAGUACUGGAAGACUCCGGUAUUGAGAUCUGCCAGUCGACUACGAUUAAUCGAUAUUUGGCUAAAAAGUUUAAUUUAUUUGGUAAAGACGAAAAAGAAUCUUUACUAAUUGAUAUGGUCUGUGAAUGCUGUUACGAUAUGGUGAAACCUUUGGAAAAGUUCGAAUGUAUCAGCUCUAAAGAUAUCGAAGGGAAGAUGAAAGAUUAUCGUGAGAAAGAAUUGCCAGAUCUACUAAAGAACUUGGAAAACCUUGCUAAAAAAUACGGAAGUAAAGGACAUUUUGUCGGGAAUCGAAUGUCUCUGGCCGACAUUCUCUUUUACAAUACAUUCGAUUAUGGAAUUAGAACAUUCUAUCAAGUAUGUGAUUCCAGUUGUCUAAAGAAUUAUGAACACCUACAAGGAAUUUGCGAAGAGGUAAAGUCGAAUGGAAACAUUGCUAAAUGGCUAAAUAAAAGACCAGUGGACCAAUACAAAUUUGUGAGAACUUGAAUGAAGAGCUAUGCCUGGCAGAAAACGAGAAGAUUUUCCUUCAAAAAUUUAAUAAACUCCUAUAGUAUUUUGUCUGUAUGUUUUCUUAACUUACAUAUUAAAUGAAAGAAAGAGAUAAAGAACGAAAGAAAAAUAGAUAGCUGUUAAUAAAUUAAUUAUCAAUGUAUAUUUUCGCUAUUUAUAAUUAUUUAUGUAGGCCAACGGAAAUUAAGCACUUGUCAAGCUGUUCUUUAGUCGAAUAUUCUGAUAUAAAUUCCAAACCAACAAAUUCUCUAUAUCCUAUUUGUGUCAUCUCUUCAAAAAGCCAUUUAUAAUCUAUCUUUCCUAUUUUAUCAAGAUCAUUCCUAAGUGGAACUUGAGCUGCUUGAAUAUGUCCGACCAAUGGUAAAGCAAUCUUUAAAUCCUCUAAACAGAUUUCUUCUUUAAUAAUAUACAAAUGAAAGAGAUCCUGCUCAAAAGGGCACAAUCAAUCACAUUUUAUGUUUAUUUACAAAACAAAUUUAAUAGAUAUACCAAAAGUAAUGCGACGUUUCCGUAACCUUUUGAUCGAAAAAACUUGACGUAAUCUACAGCUUGGAAGAGAAUUAAUCGAUUAGACAAUAAUCUGUAUUUAAUUAUCUCAAUUAAUACUAUUGAUAUAGGGAUAGGGGAGGGGAAUAUAACAGUUAUAUUCUUUGUUAUAUUAUUAUAAAUCGUUGUACAGAAAGUAUAUUUUAAAAUACACUUAAUCAUU